AUGUCCGAGCUCCCACCUCCUCCCCCUCUCACCGAACCGCUCAACUCGAUCGAGAACCGUCUCGCGGCUCUGCGCCAUGAACGAGCCCUGCAGCACCUGCUAUCUGACCGAGGAUACAACGCUCUCCCGCCCACCGAAGCCGACCUCGCCGCGCUCGAUCAGGCACGUCUACGCUCGGUCCAUCUCCAGCUUCGGAGUCCGCCGGACGAUAUACCUCCCCCUUUUGCUCCUGCCGCCAACGGUAACGUCGCGGCACAGGACCAGGAGGCUCUCACAGCUGCGGUCACCGCUGCCAUUGCCCCGCUCAUGGACGACAUCGCUGCGGUCAAGACCAAGGUCGAUGCCAUUCCUGCGCUCAGGGACGACAUAGCCGCAUUGUCCGCGUCCGUUGCCGCGCUCGGGGACGACAUAGCUGCAGUGACCGCGUCCCUCGCCCCGCUCGACGGGGCCGGAGUGGAUGAAAUGCGCACUGCCAUUAAGGACAUCGAGUCCAAAGUCGCGCUUGUAGACGAAAUGCGCACCGACAUUGCGAGCCUCAGAACCGAAGUCGGCGCCUACCAUGCGAUGUCUAUCCGGAUAUAUACGUUGAUGGCGAAGGCACACAAUGGAGUCGUCUCCAGUAGGCAGGCCGCGCUGCUCGAUUAG